UGAUAUCAAGUGUUGAUUCAAGUCGCACUUUCGUACUUGGUAAAAGACGAAAGAACAAACGAAAUGUCUAUGACUCGUUGAUACGUUACCAACGUGCACAUCGAUUCGCAAGAAUAAUGAAACGAAGGAUUUAUCUACGCAGCAAGGCUGCGUGGGAACGAGAUGACCCAGAAGAGACGUUCGGCGUAGACUCUGCCAGUAGCAUAGCCAACGCACCAAUGUUUCAACCACCUCCACCACCGCCACCGCGAGUGAUAACCUACAAAACAUUAAGGGAUAACGGUGCAGAAUUAUUCCUUGGGGAUCGCAUCGGUGAACCCCAAAUUGCAUGGGACUGGAUCGAGCAGAAUGCUCGAGUGUUGGAGGAUCUUAACGUACCCAUUGGAAACUAUCCUCGACUAGCGUCUCAGCUGCUUCGCAAGGAAGCCUACGAGUGGUGGAAAUAUAUUCCAAAACGUUUUAGUGAAGAAAAACGUAAGGAAUUUGUCGAAUUGCAACAGGGAGACAUGACACUCCCCGAGUAUCGUCAGAAGUUUACCAGUCUUGCUAAGUUUGCACCAACCUUGGUGAGUACCCCAACCGAUCGCAUCGAGAAAUUCAGGAAGAAACUUCGACCUGACCUUAGGUCGCGUGUGUCCGUCCUAACCACCGUGGAUUUCGCGGAGGCCUAUGAUCUCAUAGCCAGGGCAGACAGCGACUUGAGUGCUUGCAUUGAGUAUCUGAAGACAAAUAAUGUCAGUUCAAGCACUCACCAUCCCAUCAGCUCUAUCUCAAAAGGAAAAAGGCCCUUCCAGGAAUCUAGCAAUUCACACUUCUCAAAGAAGGGGAAAUAGUUGUAGACGCACUCUGUGGCGUCGGAAAACAAAUCAAAAGGGUGGAAAAACCCAUUGUGCGAUACAUGUGGGAGACAUCAUCCAGGCGAGUGUUGGCUUGCCCAAGGAUUAUGUCUAGGUUGCGGAAAACCUGGACAUUUUCGAAGGGAUUGCCCCACUAAUCCUGGCAAACCAUUUCCGACAGCCCCAGUUGUCAGCCAAUCAGCGUCAGCACGACAUGCGCCAAGUCAACGAUCAACGGCGGGAUCUAAUCCGGCCAAGAACCAGAGUCAACAAUAGGGACGAGCUCCUGCUCGUACUUAUGCAAUGAAGGCACGAGCUGAGG